UGCAGAGCCAGAGCAGCGCCACCUUAAAUUGAAUGCACGACUUUCACUUCCUGUUGAAAUAUCUAAAAUGAUAUUUCUUUGUAAGUUUUUUUUUUUUUUUUGAGGAGUGUAACUUCCUAAAGCACUUGUAUGUCUGAUGUUUACGUUUUCGUUUCAAAACUUGCAGAAAUGAAGUGCAGGACUUGUUUGAUGUUAAAGACUUACAAUAUAUUCUAGCGUAAUGCGUAGUAUGUAAUGAUGUAAGCUGUAUGUGGGAGGUGCGUAAGGAAGUGGUGGACGCACGUGAGCUUAAAGGGAUAGUUCACCCCAAAAUAAAAAUUUAGUCAUCAUUUACUCACUCUCAUGUUGUUACAAACCUGUAUACAUUUCUUUGUUCUGCUGAGCACAAAGGAAGAUAUUUUACAAAAUGUUUGUAACCAAUCGGUUUGUGGACCCCAUUUACUUUUAUAGUAUUCUUUUUUUCCUAUUAUGGAAGUGAAUGGCGUCCACAAACUGUUUGGUUAUAAACAUUCCACAAAAUAUCUUUCUUUGUGUUCAUUAGAAUAUAGAAAUUUAUACAGAUUUGUAACCAGUGUUGGGAGUAACGCAUUAAAAAAUAUAAUAUAUUACAGUAAUAUAUUUGUUUUUGCUGUAACGCAGUAAUAUAACGCAUUACUGAUAAAAAAUUGGUAAUAUUUUACGAGCGCGUUACAGCAAUGCAUUUCAAAAAUAGACCAUGUUAUUUUUAUUUUUGACCAAUGCGCGCGUUUCCAAGUGCUGCAUUUUUACUUUAAUUUUGUAUUUGAACUCCGAUUUGGACGCGGUGUGCGUCAAAUAUAGACGCGUUUCUUAAAAAGAGCCGAAUCUGGGAAGUCCACGGCUGUACAAGCAUUGACUAAAGUGGUCGCAAUCAGGUCCGGUAGCGCCGUACACGCAUAAUUCUGCGAAUGAGAGCACUAAGUAAAAGCAACAGAAAGUUUCUAUCGGUCUCCUGUGCUGCUUGAACCCCAGAAGUAAAGAGACUUUUAAAAAUCUUGCCAGUAAAAUCCAUAUCAACACCAGCCAUGACAAGGUAAGCUUUGCUAUGAUUACAGUCCAUAUACAUAAUAGAUUGCUGCUAGGCUAUUCCUAUGCUAUCUACAGUUUUAUUACAAACAGCAACCUAAACUACAAUGUAGACUUAAACAUGGUUAUCUAAAUAGUACAUUUAAACAUCACUGUUUAAAGUUUUUAGCAGCCUUUGUAUGGAAACCUAUAUUCAUUGUUUGGUAAAAAGCAGUGUUCUACUGUUUGUCUGUGUUUUAUAUGUUAGUCUACUACAUGUAAUCCUUAUAUUGGACUGAAAUGAGGUUUGUGCUGUGAUUCUGAAUUAAAAGUGAAUUAAAGAAUAGAAAUGAAAAGAGGUUGCGUGUCUUGCCAUGUUAUUAGGCUAUAGGUUGCAUUAUAGUGGGCUCUAUUGUGUUUAGUAUAUGUACCAUAAUUUACCAGACUUUUACCAGAUCAUUUGUCUAUGUUUAUGAUUCUGACAGUGAUUGUUACUGUAUUUUGCCAUAAGUCUUCACUUUGCCUAUUCAAAGCUUGAGGGCAAACACAUAACUAGAUUUAUAAGCAGCAACAAACUACAUUUUAACAUUUUAUAAUGCUUAGUCAUACUUCUGUUCUUUUGAUGAAAGUAACUCAAACGUAACACAAAAGUAGUGUAACUCAUUACAGUUCAGAGACAAUAAUAUUGUAAUGUAACUAAUUACUUUCAAAUGACAGUAAUUUGUAAUAUAUAAUGUAUUACACUUUGGAAGUAACUUGCCCAACACUGUUAGUGUAUGUUAAGGAUAUGCAAAUGUACAAACCCCAAAUUAAACAAUGACGCGAGUUAACGUCUCCAACUUAAAUCUCUUUUCUUGGACUACAACAAACACAUGGAUUUUAGGCAACAGUUUACUUCCUGGGAUUGGUGACAUGACCGACAAUAUCAUAAUUCCUCCCGCUUGGACUCACAGCCUGUAAGUUAACUCCUGUACGCAUUGCAUUGUGAGCAAAUCUUUCAAACAUGGUAAGAAGCGUCACAUUUCCAGCUGAUGUCAGAAGUAUUCAGACCAAUCACAACGUACAGAUUAGCUGGCCAAUCACGGACAGUUUUGUACAAAUUCCAUGAUUUCAGAAAGACAGAGAAAUCUGGAGCUACAAAAAUGUACGGUAUGUGGAAAAUAAUGUCUUUUUUAACCAUAAACCAAUCAAACACAUUGUAUUAUAACAAAUACAAAAAGAACGUUUCUUAGCAAUGAAAUAGGUGCCCUUUAAUGACUUUACUAAGACCUAUGAUGAAAGACAAUGACUUUACGCCACCUACUGUCUGAUAGGCAGCCUCCUAUUCUGACAGCUGGGUUUCAUUUUGUCUCCUGUUUAGUGAGCUUGAUUAAGCUACGUUACAAGCUACGUUUCGAUCUUUGAGCAUUUUCUGAAAAAAGACAAACCUAAACUAAAACCUCUGCAGCUCUUAGAGCUUAUGGUCUAUCUAUGGUACCUCACACAUCACAUUUGUUUGCGCCCGCUUGGAAAUCUGGGCAGACGCACAUUUUACAAACGCAAACCAACCAAACUUCUUUUUUGGGGGAUUCUUAUGGCAUCUAACUUAUGGGUUGUGAACCAAACCAAUCAAACUGAAUCAUUGUAAUCGUUUUAUCAUUGGUCAUUACUUCCAUUCAUCAAAACUUUGUUGACUAGGCAUUGGCUGGCUUCAUUUUUGCUUCAUCCAAUCAAAACUUAGCUGCGCAAAAUGACACCUCACUUACCCAAUGAUGCACUCCCUGGGCAUUCUCAAACCUUAUCUGAUUGGACAAAGCAGGAAAAAAGAAUCUACUGGUACAGAAAGACGUUUCAGUGAUACGAAUAUUGAAAAUAAACAUGAUCGAUCAUACUAACCGGAAGCGCGGAGAUAAACAAAGGAAAUCUUACGGGAUUUUCCCCCACUUUUCGUUGUUUGGAUUAAAAUGUGGGAUGCAUUUUGAAGAGUGACCCUUAUGUUGCAAUGUAUGCGGGUGUUUUUUGGAUUCGUACGAAAUGAUCAGAACCAUAUGAGAUGUUAUUUUCUUUCUGGAUUGGACAACGGGUCGACUCUCUUGUUUAUCAAGAAGAAUCGGCCCGUGGUUACAAUCCGAAGGGAUUUGUCCGCUCAUAAGCUCACCGUGCCCUCCGUCCCGGAGUUCCAGGAGGAGGCGCUCGGUGAACCGUGCGGUCAGCGGGAGAGAGAGACUGAGGAUGCUGAGCCUCAGAGCUCGGUAAACGGAGCCGCCGCUCCUCAGACUCCUGCGGUCCAGACAGCAGAGGAAGCCUGUCCAGAGGAGAAGACCAUGAUUGAGGAUGAAGACUUUGAGGAGGAGGGGUCAGAGUCUUCAUCCCUUCAUGAGUCUUCUUCCAUGUCUGGUUCAGGCUCUGACUCCAGCUCUCUUAUCAAAGGGAGUUCCUCUGUUGUUGCUGACGGUAGUGAGGACGAGCCACUCGCCAUCCAACCAGCAGCAUGUCUGCCGUGGAUCGGUCGGGUGGUCUCGAGAGCUGACCUUGAGCCCCCAGCUCCCACUAAAGACGGAUCUCCUUCAGCUCCUGCGGUGGUGACAGCAGAGGAAGCCUGUCCAGAUGAGAAGACCAUGAUUGAGGAUGAAGACUUUGAAGAGGAGGCAUCAGAGUCUUCAUCCCUUCAUGAGUCUUCUUCCAUGUCUGGUUCAGGCUCUGACUCCAGCUCUCUUAUCAAAGGGAGUUCCUCUGUUGUUGCUGACUGUAGUGGGGACGAGCCACUCGCCAUCCAACCAGCAGCAUGUCUGCCGUGGAUCGGUCGGGUGGUCUCGAGAGCUGACCUUGAGCCCCCAGCUCCCACUAAAGACGGAUCUCCUUCAGCUCCUGCGGUGGUGACAGCAGAGGAAGCCUGUCCAGAGGAGAAGACCAUGAUUGAGGAUGAAGACUUUGAAGAGGAGGCAUCAGAGUCUUCAUCCCUUCAUGAGUCUUCUUCCAUGUCUGGUUCAGGCUCUGACUCCAGCUCUCUUAUCAAAGGGAGUUCCUCUGUUGUUGCUGACGGUAGUGGGGACGAGCCACUCGCCAUCCAACCAGCAGCACAUCUGCCGUGGAUCGGUCGGGUGGUCUCGAGAGCUGACCUUGAGCCCCCAGCUCCCACUAAAGACGGACCUCCUUCAGCUCCUGCGGUGGUGACAGCAGAGGAAGCCUGUCCAGAGGAGAAGACCAUGAUUGAGGAUGAAGACUUUGAAGAGGAGGCAUCAGAGUCUUCAUCCCUUCAUGAGUCUUCUUCAUUGUCUGGUUCAGGCUCUGACUCCAGCUCUCUUAUCAAAGGGAGUUCCUCUGUUGUUGCUGACGGUAGUGGGGACGAGCCACUCGCCAUCCAACCAGCAGCAUGUCUGCCGUGGAUCGGUCGGGUGGUCUCGAGAGCUGACCUUAAGCCACCAGCUCCCAGGAAAGGUUUUCCGCAGUGGAGUGAUCUGUGGAACAUGGUGGACCUCAACGGAUCCCGUGAGGAGUCCACACCUCCAGAUUCAGCCUGCACACAUCAGGAGAAUAGCACAGAGACUAAAGAUCUCAAGGCGAGGGCGGAGAUUUUAGUCUCUGAAUUGGUCCGUUUCUCCGGAUGUGGUUUUGUUUCUGCAGAAUUCCGAUUUAAGUUAGGGCAAAUGUUGGUGAGCUUUGCCCUGACCUCUGAGGCGGCAUGCACUCUCGCGAGGGAGACAUUGGACCGGGAAAUGCUCCGUCUGCGUAAAGAAGAGAAUUCGCCCCAGACGUUGAUUCACCUUUACAGGUUCAUAAAGAGGUUUCCCAUGAUUUUUAUUGGUAUGAAAUGCCAACUCCAUCAAUUUGUCCUCGAGGAUCUUGAAGAUCCAGACCUUGUUUCAGAGGAUGAGGAUGGACCAGCUGAGAUCGCUCCUGCUAACCCUUCAGCCGAGGGCCCCCUCUUACCUGCUCCUCUGGCUGUUCCAGAGCCUCCACCAGGUCUCCUCUUCUUCCCGGCUCCUGAACCUGCUCCACAGCCUUCAGUGGAGGUCCUCUCCUUCCCGGCUCCUUUGGCUGAUCCAGAGCCUCCACCAGGUCUCCUCUUCUUCUCGGCUCCUGAACCUGCUCCACAGCCUUCAGUGGAGGUCCUGUCCUCCCCUCCUCCUGCACCUGCUCCACAGCCUUCAGUGGAGGGCCUCUCCUUCCCGGCUCCUUUGGCUGUUCCAGAGCCUCUACCAGGUCUCCUCUUCUUCCCGGCUCCUACACCUGCUCCACAGCCUUCAGUGGAGGUUCUGUCCUCCCCUCCUCCUGCACCUGCUCCACAGUUUUCAGUGGAGGUCCUGUCAUCCCCUCCUCCUGCACCUGCUCCACAGCCUUCAGUGGAGGGCCUCUCCUCCCCUCCUCCUGCACCUGCUCCACAGUUUUCAGUGGAGGUCCUCUCCUUCCCGGCUCCUUUGGCUGUUCCAGAGCCUCCACCAGGUCUCCUCUUCUUCCCGGCUUCUGAACCUGUGGAGGUCCUCUCCUCCUGUCCUCCUGCAUCUGCUCCACAGCUUUCAGUGGAGGUUCUCUCCUCCCCUCCUCCUGCAUCUGCUCCAAACCUUUCAGUGGAGGUUAUCUCCUCCUCUCCUCCUCCACCUGCACCAGCUCCACAGCCUUCAUGUGGGCCUCCUCAACUCCAGAUACCUCCGUUCUAUAAGCAAAAGAAUGCAGACGCUGUGAAGGACGUGGAGGUUGGGAACAGAUCUUCUUCAUCUGAACUUUCACCUCCUCUCGCCUCUCCUUCGUCUAUGAAGCGUCGGACUCCUUCAUCUACAGAGCAAAGUAUUAGAGUUCAGCGUGAGGUGUCACCAAAGAGAGCCAGACUGUGUCCAUCAAGCAGUGAUAUUAAAGCUCAACAUUCAUCUCCUUAUAGCCUAUCGGUUUCAGUUUCACCUCCUCAGCUGCAGACGCCUCCAUCCUUUCAGUAUACAGAUAAAAUUGAGGACAUGGAGGUUGGGAACACUCCUUCAUCCUCUCAAGUUUUACAUCCUCGAAAUCAAUCGCCGCCUCCUGCGUCUCCUUCCCUGCCUCCUUCUAGGAAGCGUCGGGCUCCUUCAUCUACAGAGCAAAGUAUUGGAGUUCAGGGUGAGGUGGAAACAAAGAGAGCCAGACUGUGUCCAUCAAUCAAUGAUAUUAAAGCUCAACUUUUACAUCCUCGAAAUCAAUCGCCGCCUCCUGCGUCUCCUUCCCUGCCUCCUUCUAGGAAGCGUCGGGCUCCUUCAUCUACAGAGGAUGAGAUGGAGCCGGCACCAAAGAGGGCCAGAGUUUAUGGGUUGUCGGCUCAGGUCACUCCUCCUCUUUCCCAAACGCCAUCGUCCUCUCAGCAAAUUAAAGUAAAUGCUACAGAGGUCAAUCAUUCUUCUAUUUCUCAACCUUCAUCUAAUCACAAUCAGAAGAUUCAGCAAGUGCCUUCUCCUCGUCGCUGUUGCAAGCGUCCAGCACCUUGUAGUUCACAGGAAGCAUCUGAAGGCAUGGUCUCCAUGAAGAAAAAGCCAAGACUUAAUGGAUUGUUUUAAAAAAAAAGUCAAGAAGUGGAGACCCAACCUUACCUCCUCAAACCCCAUCCCCAUGAGCAGCAAAAAAAUAAAAAAUAUUUUUUAUUAAAGAAAGUGUAGUGCAGAAAACAAAAAUGACAAAGAUUGUUAGUGACGCAUUCAUUAUGUUCAUUUAUUAUGACAAACUUUAAUGUGAUUAUCAGCCACAUCAAAAGAAAAGAGCAAAAAUCAUGAUCAGGUUUUACCAACAUUUCCAUCAUCCACUACAAACCAUGUACAACCAAGCUUACUGUAAAUCUAAUAAGACAAAGACCCAAGUUAGGUUAAAAACACUGGGAGAGAAACUAAACUUAGACUAAAGUUUCUCUGUUCUCCUUUAAUUCCUAUAAUAACACUAACAGGACAGAUCACAGAUGAGUUUAAACAGUUAACUGUAAACUAACUUCAAAUCAAUUCAAGAUCUUUACAUCUAAUAAUCUGAUUACAAGCUUAAAAGAUCAGAAGGUUUUAUAAAGGUCUCUCUACAGCUUAUGACAUAUAAUAUAUGAGAGAUUUCUGACUAUGAUGUGGACGACCAAUGAUAACGUCACUUGACCACAAAUCAUUUCAGAAGAGUUUGUUUUUAAUAAACACAGCAAAUAAUCUUUUAUUUAAUAUCUAAAGGUGAAAACAUCUGUAAGAGAGAUCUGUAUAUGAACUGUUGACUGUUAAUGUUUGUAUAUAGGACAUGAUUCACAUUGUUUUCUUUAUCACAUUGCAUUCAGGGGUCUUGAAGGGCACAUAAAGGAGGUGACCUAUAAAGCAGCACAACAUUUUAUUCAACUGUUUCAGAGAGGUAGGGGAGACCGGGGCUGGUUGUCUCACGGGUUGGUUGUCACACUGCUUAUUCCAGACAUAAUCAGGUACAGGAAAAAAUCUGCAUCUUUCAAGAAGACUUUUUUAUGCAAGACAACGCUCCAUCACAUACAUCACAAGUACUCCACUGCAUGGCUGGCCAGUAAAGGCCUUAGAGAUGAAAAACUAAUGCCAUGGCCCCCUUCUUCACCUGACUUAAACCCUAUUGAGACCUUUUGAUCCCUUCUUAAGCAGGACAUUUUCAGUGAAGGUAAACCGUACACCUCUCUGAACAGUGUCUGGGAGGCUGUGGUUGCGUCUGCACGAAAUGUUGCUUCAGACCAGAUCAAGAAACUAUCUGAAUCCGUGAAUGGAAGGCUUGUGAUUGUUAUCGAAAAGAAGGGUGCCUAUAUUGGUCACUGAGUCUAUAUAUUUAUUUUUUAUUGUUUUAUUAUUAUAUUUUUUGUAAAUGUAGAGUUUGUUUAUUAUUCUCACUUUAACAGGUGAAAAAAAACAAGUGAGAUGGUAAAAUCUUUCUUUUUCAUUUAGUUGCCUAAUAAUUCUGCACAUUAAUAGUUGCCUAAUAAUGAUGUACAUAGAAAUAUUCUCUUAAGAAAGCCAAAAUUUCACUUUUACUACUUAAAUGUUCAGGUUUGAGGGUUUGUUAACAUUUUGAAUUGACCAAGAGCACUGCAGUUGUACAAUAACAAAAGUAAUCCUCAAAAAUACAACUUGCCUAAUAAUUCUGCACUCCCUUUACACCGCUACAGUAAACACUGAUACAAAAUAAAACACCUGCUAUUAUGUGAAGACUCAAUGCUGUAUGUAUUUGUAUCUAAUGUGUUUAUAUACAGUACUGUACUGUACUCCCUUAUUUUUAAAUGUGGAAUUAACUGAUGUCACGUAUUUUCUUUUUUGCGACUUGCUUUUCAAUAGCUGGGCAGUUGAAAAUGAUGUUGUGGGGGCACACAAAAUAUGAUUAAAACCCAUUAUGGUACAUAUUUAUUAGACCCACCAUGAAUAACCCAGUGUGAGGAUGAAAUGAAGAGGUGGCCUGAUAUAUGAAGAUAUUCAAUUAUCUUGUUGUUGUUGUUAAGAGUUGACUAUAAAAGCACAAUACCAGUGCGUGCACCGUGGGAAAGUCAGUUGAGUGUUUGUAUAUGAAAUAGACAACAAAUUUGUGUUUUUAACUUUUUCAGGCAUAUGUUUAAAAUGUCCAACAGUCCCUAUAGUCUGACUUUUCAAAACAGCAUUUUUUUAAUCGACUCUUAUAAUAUUGUUACUGGUUCUGAAUGAGUGUUUGGUGACACAUUAAGCUCAUCACGUGAAUGUGGCACUUUCUCCUAAACAUAUUAAACAAUUACAUUUAUUCAA